UAGCGGAAGUGCCGUUGUCGCUCGCUCUCGGUGUCUUUCCGCCGUUCUGAAGUUGUGUGGAAGUUUACCUUUUCAGGUUUGUCCCAUGAGCUCAGUUGGUUUCAACAGUUUGGAAGUAAGAUGAGCGGACAGACGGUGCCCGCGGACUUCUCGGGACACAUGCUGGACCUGGACGAGGACGAAGACCUGGAGGUUUUCAGCAAGAACACAUCGCUGGCUGAUGGAAGUCCCAUGCCUACCUCUCCAAGCUCCAUGGUCAACCAGUACAGACUGGAGGAGGAACAGCAGGACGCCAACACCAGAGACCUCUUCGUCAGUGUUGAUAACCCAGAGAGCCAUGUCACUGCCAUCGAAACCUUCAUCAUGUACAGAGUGGUGACCAAGACCACGCGGAGCGAGUUUGACUCCAGUGAGUUCGAGGUGCGCCGGCGCUACCAGGACUUCUUGUGGCUCCGAAGCAGACUUGAAGAAAGCCACCCGACACUCAUUGUCCACCCGCUGCCAGAGAAGUUCGUGAUGAAAGGCAUGGUGGAGCGCUUCAACGAAGACUUCAUCGAGACCAGGCGGAAAGCUCUGCACCGCUUCCUCGACAAGAUCUCAGCGCACCCCAUACUGUCUUACAGCCAGCACUUGAAAGUCUUCCUCACUGCUGAGGAGUUGAUGUCUCACAAGAAGCAGGGUCCGGGCUUCCUGAGCAGGAUGGGGGAGACGGUGAGGGCGGUGGCCAACUCGGUGCGAGGCCUGAGGAGCCGGCCUGAGGAGUUCACACUGAUGCAGGAGUAUGUGGAGGACUUCAGUACCAAGAUCUGCUCUGUGGACAAAGUCACGCAACGGAUCAUCAAGGAACAGAGAGAGUAUCUGGACGAGCUGAAGCAGUACAGCCCCACCUACAGCCAGUGGGCGGAGUCAGAGGAGGAGCUGGCCGAGCCGCUGAGGGCCGUGGCCAGCUGUGUGGAACGAUGCGGUCUGGAAACGGAGGAGCAGAUUCAGCAUCUGUCUGAAGUCCUCGUCCCUGCUCUGCACGAGUACGUGCUCUGUGCCGAGACCCUGAAGGCUGUUAUGAGACGGAGAGACAACAUCCAGGCGGAGUUUGAAGCCAAGAAGGAGGCCCUGGAAUCCAGAAGAGUGGACCAAGAAGCACUACAGUACGAGGUGGAUGGUCUGGCGGACCGCGUGGAGCUGGCCAACAACGCCUUGAAGGGGGACUGGUCCCACUGGCAGAACAGCAUGAGAACUGACCUCAAAUCAGCUUUUCUAUCCACCGCCGAGAAGAACGUGGGGUACUACGAGCAGUGCCUGGCUGUGUGGGAGUCGUUCCUCCUGUCUCAGAGAGAGGAGCCCGGCGAGCAGACCGAUGGGGAAGACGCCUCUUAAAGUGUGGAGAUGACUGACACGCCUUUCCAGCGGACUCUGUCUCUCCAGCACAACCAAAAAUAGACUUUGAACCAAUGUCCACUUAUGCCAACAUGCAUCAUGUAACAAGCACACUCUUCAUUCUGUCUGUCUGUCUGUCCGUCCAAAGAAGUUAAUGCCAACCAGCCAUUCCAGUGAUGUUUGUGAUGAUCCAACCAUCCACAUUUUAAGGGUUUGACUCCUCUUUGUACCUUGCCAAAAGUUAAAAGAAGACUGUUGGCUCUUCUGUCCAAUACUUAGGUUGAUAAGCAUGGAUUUACAAUACACAGGCUCUGAUUGGUCAGGAUCCAGCAUGAAGGCUACCAUGUGUUUCGGCCAGGUCACAGCUAGAACCUUUGAUCUAAUCUGAUACUGACCUUGGAACAAGUCAAUUAAUAAUAAUAGUAAUGUAAUAUGCACGCCUUUGACUGAAAGGUCUUGCAUCUAUACUGUGUUUUCAUUUAUUUCCUACAGACGAAUGUGCAGAUUUAUACAAAGAGUGUCCACUGAAAAGUAAAAUUAUAAAAUGUCAUCAGAAGAAAUGCAUUGAACCUCUAUAUCCGUCUCGAGCCCGAGCUUUCAGAAUGCUCUCAGUAACAGUACUGGUGGUCUCCCGGUGCCCAGAAGCCUUAACUGACCCUGUUGUUUGGGCCCAUGGAGAUUUCACGUUUACAUGUCGGAUGAAGACCAGCUACGGUGUCUUUCUAACAGAAUGCUCAAAAUAAUGUUUUUAUACUGAUCUCUUUUUUUCUCUUGCUUGCUUUUAUCAUUGCUUAUGUAAAAAAAGGUAAGAAUAAAGUUGAUUUUGAGAUGUUGAGAUAAUAAUAAAGACACAAGCUCACACCAU